AUGAACCACAUUAAGGUGUGUGGUGAAUCAAUCAACGAUUUGCAGAAGAUUGAGAGAGUGUUGAGAUAUUUGACUGCACAUUUUGAUUACAUUGUAGUAUCAAUGGAAGAGUCUAAGAACCUAGUUGAGAUGAAGUUGGAAGAACUUCAAGCUCUAUUGAAGGCUCAUGAGAUGAGGCUGAAGCAGGGGAACUUAGAAAGGGAUAAGGUGACUGAACAAGCACUGCAAGCAAUAUUCAUUAAGAAGUAUGGAAAAGAGAAAGCAAAACAGAGAAAGAAUCUUGCUAAUGAUGAGAAGUCAAGCAAGAAUUCAAAGAAUCACUCCACUUCAACAAAGAAAAACAUGGGUAACAGAAAGAAAGAAGUAAGAGCAAAAGAUAUUGAUGAAGCACAAUAUGCUUAUGUUGGAGAUAAUGAUUAUGAUGAUGUGUUACUAAUGGAAAAUAUUAAGUCGAGUAACAAUAAAACCAGCAUGUGGAACCUAGAUUCAGAAUGCAGCAACCACAUGACUGGAAAUAAGACCUGUUUCACCAAGUUGGAUGAUUUAGUCAAGAAAGUGAUCAAGUUUGCAGAUGGAAGGCAUGUUACAUCAUAUGCAAAAGGAAACAUAAAUGUGGUUAGAAAGGAUGUUCGAAAGGCCAACAUCCCUUAUGUGUUGUAUGUACCUUCGAUGACAAGUAAAUUGAUAAGCAUAGGUCAAUUACUUGCUAAAGGGUACAACAUAAAGCUAUAA